UCCAGUCCUGAAAUAUCAAGUAUGGAGUCCCGAGCCAGGGGUAUUGACCAUAAAAGAUAGAAAUGGAGUGACGACUGGCGAAUACUGACGAUUGACAAGUCUAAAUUUAUCGUCUACCUCUGCCAGUGACUGGACUUGGGUGGACUCGUCCAACCAACUACUGAAAAGUGUUUUCUGUAUUCUGUGUUUGGUGUUUUUAACCAGCCCGUUCCAAUGUUCUCAUGUGUUAUUGUCGAAAUUACUUAAUCCUGUUUUGUGUUGAAUUCAAUACGUAUGAAAUAAAUACAACUUAGGAAAGAUUGAUCAUCAAUCAUCAAUCAUUGAUGUUCCAACUUCAAUCUUGCUGUUUGUUGUAAGUAGAGUAUUAUAGCACACUAUUAAGUAUCAACCAAUAUGGAAGAAGAAAAAAUUGCUACUGAUGCUUCUGAUAAGCGUAAAGUUGAGGAUGACAAUAUGAACCCCAAGCCUAAUCCUAAACGAAUUAAACUCGUUCGACCCGUAUUUUCACCUGUUGCCAAACCUGCAAUCUCCACUACUUCAGAAGUCAAUAAAUCUGAUGUUCUACUUACUGAUAUACCUAAAUCUAAUAUACAACCAAUAGAAAUACCAAAAUCUAUUGCCAAACCAACAGAAAUACCUAAAGUCACCGUACAACAAUCAGAAAUACAUAAAACUACCGUACAACAAUCAGAAAUACCUAAAAUCACCGUACAACAAUCAGAAAUACCUAAAACUAAUAUAAAACCAACAGAACUACCUAAAUGUAAUAAUAAUUCUGGUGUGAAAGUUUCAACUUCAUCUGAUGUUUCACUAUCUAUUGAUAAACCAGCGGAUAGACUAGAAAAAGUAAAAUCAUUGAUCAGUCCACCAGAAAUUGUUAAAAAGCCUAUAGUCAAUCUUCAAGUUCCUGACGAACAAGUUGAUAGCAGUUCUGAUGCUUUAGAUAUAAAAAAUAUUUUUAGUGAAGAAACAAAGAAAGAACUGGAACAUUUAAAAAAAAAUAUUUUCAAGAUUGAUGAUGAUGGGUCGUCUUCAGAAAAUGAUAGUCAACCAAAGCGGCCUCGAUUGAAACGACCAACUUUUGUUACAUCAACUGUUGAAGUUAAAAUUGAACCUACUGAUUCAAAAAUAUUUGAUAAAAUAAAUGAAACAUCGAAGUUGGAGUCAUUAAAAUCUGUUAGUGAAGAAAAUAUUAACACUACUAUGGAAAAACCUAGAGAAAAACUAUCAAAUACUGAAGAAAAGAUUGAUCACAUAACAGAAAAUAUGGCCGAGGAUAUAAGGUUAAAACAGGGACAAGUCAAAAUUUAUGCUGAAGAAAUAACUAAAAAAAAAUCUAGUGUAAAUGAAAGUAUUAAUAAUGUUGAAGACAAAAAUUCUACUGCAUUGAAGUCUGUUAAACUAGUUGAAAAUGAAACUGGUAUACCAAAAAGUGUUGAAAAAAGUACUGAACUAGAUAAUUUGCAUGAGGUGGAUAAAACUAAAUCUGUCCAAACUGCUACUGUUAUACAAGUAAAUACUGAUGUAAAAGAAGAGGUAAGUUUAUUAGCUGAGCAAAAAUCUGUAGACAAAAGAAAGGUUAGCUUAAUAACCGAAGAACAAAAAUGUAUAAAGAAAGAAAAGUCGACUGAAGAAAAUGUCCUUACCAAAGGAACUUUUGGAAAAGGUACAGAUUAUGAUGCUGUGAAAAAAAGUGCUAAUGAUCACUACAGAGUGAUUUUAGAAAGAUUAGUAGUUGACAAACAAUGUAACUUUAAAGCACAGGAUAAAAACCCCAGUCCAAUAGUUGUGAAACUUGAAGAUAACAAAUCUAUAGGUGAAUCCAGUUAUGAAUGUGCUGACAAAUACAAUAAAAGCAAUAAUGAAAUCGAUAUUCUCGAUAAAAUAAAAGAUGAAUCAUUUGAUUCACAAUUACAUAAUAGCCAGAAAGAUGAUGGUAUCGCUUAUUCAGAAAGUAAAAAUCUAAAAUCUAAAAUAAAAAUACAUGUAAGAGAUGAAAAUAACCUUACCACUAAUAUGUUAUCAAAGGAAGUACCAGAUAAUGAUACAAGACAAAAUAUUGAAGGAAAAGACUCUCAAAUGUUUAAGGCUGAUAUUUUAAAAGCAGCUCUUAUGUCAAAAAAAUCCCCCGAAUCGCUUGGAAAUUCAUCCGAAGUGCAUGAUCAACCUUCUGCAAAUGAUUACUCGUCAUCUGUGUCAGAAACUAGACAAAAUGAAAAUUUACCAACAAUUGGUCAAGACUCUAUUGUAAAUAAAAUAGAAGCAGAAAUAAAACUUGCCAUUAAAGAUCAACCAACUAAAAUUAAAAAAUCUCAAAAUAAAAUUCAUAGUAAUACACCAGAAGCAUCUAGCUCUAUUUGUCUUAAUGAAAACACAACAGUUGGCAAACAUGACGAGCCUCCUAAAUGGGGAUCAGCUAAAAUGAAUGAAGUAGAAAAAUUCUUAAAUGAUUCUAAUGUAACCAUUACUCCUAUUUGCAAGUCUCAAGAAUCCCCCAAACUUGGUAAAAUAACAUUAAAGUUACCCAAAGUUGGAAAUCCAGAAAUUAAAUCUGAAACUACAGUUCGUCCAGAUGUUAAAUCUGAAUUAAUAAAAAAAAUCACAAAUAAACAUAUUGCUAUGGGGGAUAGUCCUUUAAAAAAUGCUCUUUCUCAACCUUCUAAAUCUUUUAGUGAAUUUGCUACAAUUCGCCCUGCACCUAAACUCAGUGCUGAACAAAUUGCUCUUUUAGAACAACAGAUUUUAAAUACCCCCAAAAAAAGAGGUAGACCACCAAAAGCGUUGGCUCAACAAAAGCAAUUAUUGUUAGAAUAUCAACAACAACAACAGUCAAAAGUUCAAGAAGGCUGCACUGAAGAUGAAUCUGUUUUUCAUGUUCCAUUAUUUGAUAUGGAAGACAUGAGUGGAGGGGCAGGAAUGUUUGAUUCAUUUGAAGCAUCGACACCAAAGCGAGGAAAGAGUAUUAGAGGAAAAGGUAGUCGAGGGCGAAGAGGACGAGGAGGUCGUGGUGGUCGUGGCCGCGAUGGAUCUGAUAGUGAUACAGCAUCAAAUAGUCGACGUAUUGAUGAUGAAGGAGAAACUUUUCGUGAAGAAAUGAAUCAAGAAGAAGAAACCAAACAAGUAGCAAUGAUAGAAGCUGAGCGACUCCGAAAAGAAGAAGAACGAGAAAGAAAGUUAGAGGCAAGGAAAAAAAAAAUAAAACUUCGUAAUGAUAUUUUAAAAGAAAAGAAAAUGAAAAAGAAGCAAAGAGCAGAAGAAAGAAGACUGCAGUGGCAUGAGAAGAAAAGACUUAUGCAAGAAGAAAGGGCUCGAGCAGCUGAGAUGAAGAAAUCUCUUCCACCACCUCAAAACUUUGAUGAUGAAACUCGUAUGAGUGCUGAUUGUAAUAAUAGUUUGUCCCAAUCAACUGCUAGGAAUUUCAUUUUAGGCGAAGACGAUUUAUCUAUUAGUGGUACAAAUGAUAGUAUGAGAAUGAAAAAAGGAAGAAUGGAAGUCAUUGAUCUUGAAAGCAAUAAAACAUUAACUGUUGAUCAAAUUGCCGAAUACCAAUGGCCAUUGGAUGGCGGAGAACUGUAUAUGAUUCAAGAGCAGAUAUCAAAUUUCUUGGGUGUUAAAUCAUUCAAAAGAAAAUACCCAGGAUUGAAACGUCGUAAUGUUGAAGCUGAAGAACGAACAUUCUUGUGUGACAGUGGGUUAGUCGCUGAAUCAUUAUGUGAUCUUGGUCUAACGGUUCUGUAUAGUUCGGAAGUAUUAGAUAUCAUGUAUACAGAUUUUCCAGAAAAAUAUGAAGAACUGAGAGAAUAUAUGAGACUUAAACAUGCCAAAGAAUUAUCUAAUCGACAAAGAGCAUUGAUGACAAUCAGUUCAAACAAUGAUGGGUCAAAGUUAGAUUUACGUGAUAGAGCUAUGGAAGCUGUAGCCAAUUGGAAUGCCAAUUUAAACAAAUCACGUUUAGAGUCUCGUAAGUGUUCAAUGGAUAUGCAAACAUUUAUUGUGCAUUAUCCAAAAAAUAAAUGUAAGAAAAUGGCUGUGCCCAAACCUAAAAUCGGCAGUUAUCCAUUGGCUUUACUACCUGGACAAUUCUGUGAUUACUACGCAACAUACUCUAGUGAAGAUUUACGUUACUUGCCAAUAAACACUGUUAUGUAUGGUCCUUUGAAAUCUGUAGAUAAAGACUUUCCUGUUUCUUUAAGCAGCCAAUCUGAAUCGGAAGAUAGUUCUUCUGAUGACUCUAGUGAUAGUGAUGAUUCAAUUGACGUUGACAACAAAUCAAUCAAAAAUUGUUUGGAUGGUCCGAGUGAUAAAAAAGGAGCUGAAUGCAAAUCAUGUUUCGGCACUGCAGAUAAGAACAAAAUUGGAUCGGUUGAACCAUUAAUUCAUUGUUCAAAAUGUUUGACGAUUUAUCAUCCAACAUGUUUGGAUAUGACAUUGGAGAUGAUACCCUACAUAAAGCGUUACAAUUGGCAAUGCAAUGAAUGUAAAUCUUGUGCUCAGUGUAAAGAAGUGGCUGAUGAAGAUAAAAUGUUGUUCUGCGACCUUUGUGAUAGAGGGUAUCACAUUUAUUGUGUAGGACUUCGUAGAGUUCCUGAAGGUCGUUGGCACUGUCAAGAAUGUGCUAUGUGUAGUUCUUGUGGGGUUUCUGAUCCAGGACCAGGUGAUUCUAAAUGGUUUUACGAGUUUAAGAAAACUGAAAAAACUGGUUCAAAAGUCUAUUGUCGUACAUUGUGUGCACCGUGUUCCAGGUCAUGGAAAAAAGGCCAUUUCUGCCCUAAUUGCAUGCGUUGCUAUCCUAUCAAAAACGUCGAGCGCAUGACACAGUGUAACAGUUGUGAUAGAUACUUACACUCAGAAUGCAUCAGUGAAAGUUCAUCAAUUAAUCAAGUUGUUACAUGUACUAUAUGUGAAGAAAAAGCUGUUUCUAGAUUGUUAACUACAGUGCCUAGGUCUUUGAUUAAAGUCUGAAUUAGAUUGCUAGAUAUAGUAUAUUUUAAACACAAUAGAAAAAUUUGUUAUACAUUUUUUUCAGCUCUGAACAUUUGAAUGAGUUAAUUAAAACACAUUUUUUGCUAAUUAUCAUUUGAUUAAAACCUUGUUGAUUUUAUUUUAAAAAUUGUGUGCGUAGUAUUUUAAGAACAAUUUUACAUUUUAAUGAAAAAACAAUAGUUAAGCUAUUGAUGUAACCUUAAAAUGCUAUUUUAAAAUUUGGCAAUAAAAUAUUUAAGAUUGAAUCUACUACGAAACUAACUAUUUAAAAUAAGUUUUACUUUUACAAAUCUUGCUGACAUUGAUUAAUCAGAUAUGACUAAAGCUAUUUGUCAAUUGUUGUCAUAAAUAAAUUCAUAACAUGUAUUUAGAUGUAUAUAUCAUUGGUGAAUAAAAUAUCGCAAUUUGUUUUAAUAAGCAUUAUAUGUAUUUAAGAAUUAUUAACACAUUGCAUAUAAUUUGUUCAAUUUUAACACAUAAUUAAGCAAACAAAAGAAUAGUAAACUAAAACUUGUUUAAAAAGUUUUUCAGUUAUUUAAAGAUAUUAGGUAGGUUACAUUAAUUAUUAUUGAAUUGUUAACCAAUCCGGUAUAAUCAUAUUGUGCAUGUGUUUUAUUUAGAAAUCUACACGAUGACUCUUAAUUGUACUUUUUUUUAAAUUUAUUUUUGUGUAUACAAUUUUUUUGAUUGCUAAUAUAGCUUAAGGUAAUUGCUAAUUAAUAUAACUUUAUUUAAUAGUUUUAUUUUUAAGUUAUGUAAAUUAUAUUUGUGUUGUACAAUUGUAUACAGCAUUAAGUCAUUUAUUUUAUGUUUUCGAUUAAAUUAUAUAUUGAUAUCAAUUAACUUAUUAUAUUAUUUUUUUUUUAGCUAAAAUGAUCAAAUCUGAUUUCCUUAAGGUUAGAUUAAUAGUGUUUUUUCUUCUAUGAUAGAUAUUAUUUUUUUUAUGAAAAUUUAAUUGUAAUACAAAUAAUGGUAUUUACAUAUUA